GCCGACAUCGUUUAGUCCUGCUACAGUCGCGUUAGAUACGAGUCGCCACGAGACUGGCUAUAUCUAUCGCGAUCUACCUACGUCUUCUCUAGUUCUUUUCGUUUAUUUUUUAUUUUUUACAUGUACGAUUAUUUGUGUUUGAGCGAGUCGCCAGUGUCGACUAGACUUUGCAGUACGUACGGAGCAUAAAAGUACUGUGAUUUUUGUAUGCGUGUGUGCGUGUAUACGCGAUACAGGAGGCAUCGCAGGCAGUACUGGAUACAACAUACAUGCAUGCCGAGUGAAAGAGAGAAAGCAGCAGCAGCAACAGAGUUUUAGUGUUUCAUCCACCUGUGUGCUCUGGCUCUGGGCCUGGCCGUGUCCUGUAGAUUCAGAUACAUCGUGUUGCGCGCGCGCCACCCAUCGUCCGUGCGAUCGAGAUCCCCAGCCAGUACAUAAGGUCCUGUACGGAGUACCAAGUGCGAACGACCAGUGCUGAGUGCAGCAGGCUGCAUGAGCUCUGCGGGCUGCCUCGACUGCAAUGCAGGCUUAAUCGAAGAAGACACAACCCGAUCAGCGGGAUGAUACGCUGAUAAUGAGUGUCCAUGUCAGUCCUUCUGGUAAUCGUCGCAGAAUCAAAAGUACAACGUUCAAACGCUGAGAUAACACGAGAAUGAUUUCCGGAAAAUGUGAAUGGAACAGAGUGAGGCCGACGAUCAACUUGGCAUUAUUGACGUUAGAUCAACGACAGCUGAAUUUAGAAAGAUUCAACUACAAUACUCCAGCUUUGGAAUACAGCAGUUGAAGAUUCCAUUAUGGUACAGGAUAAUCAUCACAUCUCUGCAAUAAAUAUGUGAAAAUACUCAAGAUAAAAUAAGGUUAUCUAAACAAAAGUGAAUUAUAGAUCUUUGUGUCCAGUGGAAAAAUCAAGUUUACUGCCUACCAACACAGUAGUAUAGCUGCGCACAGUUCUCAACUGGCAUAAUGAAUUCUGCGAUAAUAAUUUAACACUUUAGAGGUGCUGCUCACAUAUAUUUUAUGUGUCAUUGAAUUAUUUAACUUAUUAGAACACUAUGUACUUUGGAUAAAUAGAUGCAAAUAUUUUAAGGCUUAUAUUUUCUUAUAAAUCAAAAGUAAGCAUAUUUAAAAAGUAAGCUGUGCAUUUUUUUGUAAAAAGUAUAGUCUUUGCAGAAACAGUGUUUCAGCAAAAGCAUGCAAUUUUUUGUGCUGUGACUGAGGUAAAUUAUUUUAAUAGUGAUAUUUUAACUGCUGCUAGUAUCUUGAAUCAGCCAUUGAAAGACAAUUUCUUAAAAUGCAUUCAAGCUGAUAAUGAAUCAAACAAAUAUUAGAUUUUAGAAAUUCAAAAUGUACAUAUAAUGUAAAUUCUUCAUUAGAAGCAACAUGCAAGAGAAAAAUGUAUUUUAUUUUUUGAAAAGAAGUAUUUUAAAACAAGAGUUGAAGCAAAUAGUUUUAGAGAUUUCACGUACUAUGGACUGUAUGUGUUGAGAAUGGAUGACUCAACUGUAGGCGUGGUGCAAGUAUUCGUGGGCGAGUGGAGCGCUGAAUAUGAAGCACUAUCUAUAAGGGCAACAAAACAGACUUCUUCAACUGAAAUAGUUGACUGUAUCAUAGAAAGGCUUAAUCUACCUGAUGGCAAUAUUCCAAAUGGCUAUGAAUUAGCAGAAGUCAUUGGUAAUUCUGUGGGUCAAGAAUGUAAAGAAAGGAGACUUGCACCCACAGAAUGUCCUGUUGCUCUCAUGCUAUUGUGGCCAAAGAAAAAUUCAUCUCAACAAGAAUACUAUAAAUUUUACCUGCGCAAACGGCAACCUACUGACAAUCUUUGGUCAGAUAGUCGUUUCCCGCUGGAUCCACAGCUGCUCAAAGAUUACUUCAAUCGUUUCUUGCAUCAACCAAAAGAUAAAGAAUACCCAGAUCUUUGCCAAUUGCCAGAUCUCAAUGAGAGGACAUUGCUUGACAAUCUGCGGGCUCGGUUUGAAGCCGGAAACAUUUAUACAUACGUUGGCAGUAUUUUGAUAGCUGUCAAUCCGUUCAAAUUUUACCCAAUCUACAACCCAAAGUAUGUUAAAUUAUAUCAAAAUCGACGUCUUGGAACUGAUGCACCACCACAUAUUUUUGCUAUUGCGGAUGCCGCUUAUCAUUCCAUGCUCAAAGAAAAGAGAAAUCAAUGCAUUGUUAUAAGCGGAGAGAGUGGAUCAGGAAAAACAGAAUCGACAAAUUUUUUGUUGCAUCAUUUAACAGCUUUAAGUCAAAAAGGCUCGCAUGGCAGUGGGGUAGAGCAAACGAUUUUAAGCGCUGGCCCUGUUUUAGAAGCUUUUGGUAAUGCCAAAACUGCUCACAAUAAUAAUAGCAGUAGGUUUGGAAAGUUCAUUCAAGUUAAUUACAAGGAGAAUGGCAUGGUUCAUGGAGCUGUUGUGCAGAAAUAUCUUCUUGAAAAAUCAAGAAUCGUUUCGCAAGGAAAAAAUGAACGAAACUAUCAUGUGUUUUAUUAUCUGCUUACUGGAGCUAACGAACAAGAGAAACAAGUACUGCACUUAAGGAAUUCUGAUUGGUAUCAUUAUUUGAACAAAAGUGGUUGUUAUGGACUUGAAAAUGCGGACGAACGACACGAAUUUUCGAGACUGAAACAAUCGAUGGAAAUGGUCGGUUUUACACCGGAGAAACAAAGAAGAUUGUUUGCAGUUCUAUCAGCUGUCCUUUUACUCGGCAAUGUAGAAUUUCUACCAAAAAAGUCAUAUAAUCACCAUGAGGAAGUUAUGGUGAAGAAUCCCGAAGUCGUAGCCCUAAUAUCUGAACUUCUCAGAGUAAAGCAAGAGACUUUGAUAUUGUCCCUGACAGCUAAGAGAGUGAGGGCAUCGGGUGAGACCCUCGUUAUAAAUUAUAGAUUGCCUGAAGCAGUCGCUGCUAGAGAUGCUAUGGCCAAAUGUUUGUAUGGAGCUCUUUUUGAUUGGAUUGUUUUGCAAGUUAACCAUGCAUUACUGUCAAAAAAAGAAACCACAAAAGAUCACCAAGGCAACAGUAUUGGAGUUCUUGAUAUAUUUGGUUUUGAAGACUUUAAAGUCUGCAAUAGUUUCGAACAACUUUGCAUCAAUUAUGCCAAUGAACAACUUCAACAUUACUUUAAUCAGCACGUUUUUAAAUAUGAGCAAAGUGAAUAUAAAAAGCAAGGAAUUAGAUGGACUGAUAUUGAUUAUAGUGAUAAUUCAGGCUGCCUUAAUCUUAUCGAGGGUAAACCCAAUGGGCUACUAUGUCUUUUAGAUGAUCAGUGCAAUUUUCCGGGAGCUUCGAAUGAAACUCUCCUGCAGAAGUUCAAUUCCGUUCACGAAAAAAAUCAAUUUUAUGAAGCACCUCAACGAAGGGACAACACAUUUAUCGUUCGACAUUACGCCGGUGCUGUGAGGUAUCAAGUGGCGAACAUGCGUGAAAAAAAUCUAGACCUCAUGAGACCAGACGGUGUUGUUGGUGUUCUAAAAAAUUCAUCUCUCGCUUUCGUCCGAGAACUUGUUGGAGCUGAUCCCGUCGCUGUUUUUCGAUGGGCAAUUCUCAGGGCUUUCUUUCGGGCACAUUUUGCAUUUCAAGCCGCUGGAAGAGCCUACAGACAUGGAAGAGCUGACGGAAACAAAUCAUCUGUGCAGAAUAGAUACAGAACUCCAAACGAGAAUGUGUUGAGCCACCUUGUGACGUUAUCUGCAGUCAAUCUAACUAUUAACCGAAUAGCGAAAAACAAGUCAUUCAGACCCCGUGAGCGAGGUAAGAAAGGUUUGAAGAAUUUACAAACCGUCAAAACUUUAGCCGGUCGGACACAAAGCUACGGGACUGGUCCUGGUAAAGCUCGAAAACAGCCUAUGACCGUUUCAGCGCAAUUUCAACAAAGCUUGCACAGUCUGAUGGAUACGCUAAAUCAAGCAAAUCCAUUUUUCAUCAGAUGCAUCAAAAGCAACGGCCAAAAAGAACCGAACGAAUUUGAUGAGGAGACAGUUCAACGUCAACUCAGAUACACUGGAAUGCUAGAAACUGUGCGCAUUCGUCAGGCAGGUUUUAAUGUUCGCCUUACAUACGACGAAUUUAUUCAGUUGUACCGCAUGCUACUGCCCAAGGGUCUUUCGUCAACGAAAAUCGAUAUACGCGACUCUCUUCUGACAUUCAACCUCAAUCGCGACCAUUAUGAACUUGGUGAGACAAAGAUCUUUUUGCGCGAAUCUGAGAAAAUCAAGCUUGACAUCGAGCUGCAUCAACAGAUUAUCACAAGCAUCACAACAAUACAGAAUUGGUUCCGAGCGUGUCUAGAACGUCGUCGUUUUCUGCGACUUCGUAAAGCUGUGAUAACUGUACAAAGCGCAGUUAGGAUGUGGAAAGCUAGGAAGAAUUACAAAAUCGUCUUGAAACAAAAAUCCAAAGCUGUUAUUCAGAUACAGUCGCUAUGGAGGGCCUAUAGACAGCGAAAGUAUUAUAAAAAACUUCGAGAAUGGACAAUAAGGUUUCAAGCUCUCACACGUGGUUAUCUUGUUCGAAAAACUUUACCAGAAUUACGAAAGAAAAAGAAAGCUGGUGUUAGUACUGUCGUUGUAAGCCCUGUGAUUUCAAAUAAAGAACAACGAGACCUUAAGACCACUCACGAUCCGAAUUUGAAUUCUCUGCUUGAGAGUGAACGAUUAGCUCAAAGUUUUGAUUACAGAAAUAGAAUCGCUGCUUUAAGUAGUAACUUUGAACCGAAUUUCGAGCCGUCGUUGCCUUUGAAACCACGGAAAUUAGUACCCGUGAAACAAAGCUCAACGACGAAAACGUUUUUGAACAACGAGGUGAAUAGUCCUACUAACGUUUCAGAGCAUCGCAAGAGUAGUCUUGAGAGUAUAGCUUCUCUACAGAGCUACGAGUCUCAAGUUUCCGUGGAGUCUCUGGAAUCACAUCAACGCGUAUCAACCCCACCACACCAGCAGCAGAUUCAGCAACCACAGCAGGCACAACCCGUUCCGAACACUCGUGUUAGACGAAUCGGUACUGUUGAUUCGCAACACACACUUAGUACUGGCAGUAGUCGACCUUCUUCGUCAAGUCGUCGAACAGAUAGCUCUUCAACAGGUUGUAGUGACGGUGAAAAUGAUGCUGAAACGCCUAGUGCCGUUCAUAGCGCACCUCCAGUUUUUCCAAGUGUGUCGAGUUUUCCUAGUCCUCGAGAAUUUAAAUAUCAGCAAGAUGUUUGGCAUAAGAAGUCGGAACACGAUUACUAUGUACCGCCGGUAGUACCCAAACCGACCAUUACGCGAUCACCAAAUGUAUCGCAGCAUUUGCACAAGAACAUGAGUGAAAGUCUACAAGAACAAGAAAGAUUGAAUAGAAUUGAAAGACUGAAUAUGAAUAUGAAAAUUGGUAAAAUCGACAAUCCAAUGAGACGAAGAAUGAGCGAGGAUGAGAUCAAAGAAUAUUCAAAUUAUUUGAGAAAACAAAAUUCGGAAGAAAUUGUAUCAACCAUGCAAUCAUCGGUGACGGUAGGAUUGCCGAAAGAAAAAAGCGAACCUAAUGUUCCGGUGAGAAAUGCCCGUCGCAAUAGACCACCUCGUGAUCUUCAGUGUCGUUCAAUGGGUGAAUCAGUAAUCGAAGUGCCGACCGAGCCGCGAAACAGUAUUUUAAACACAAUUAAAGAAAGUGAUCUUGUCAAAGACGUAAAUGUGUGGGUACAAAAAGAGGAGUCUCCUCCGAAUUCUGAAUGGUCGAACAAAAAGGAUUCUCACUUCAAAUAUAUGCCACAAGGUACUAAACGCAUACGAUCGGGUCAAACUCCCCCGAAAAUGGAAUUGAGGAGGCGCAAUUCUGAUCCAACGACUAAAACUUUAUUGGGAUCGCAAAUUAAAAGUUCUGAUAGUCCAACAAACGAUCUUAAACCUCCGCACAACUCCACAUUGCUUGAAUGGAAGGGUUCCGGUACGCAGUUUUCACUCGCUGGGCAUAAUUUCAGGAAGAUAGCAAGGUUCAGCAAAGAUGACGUUUGCGUAUGCUGCAAUGAACAAAUGGAUGCAUUUGUCACCCAAGGUUACAAAUGCACUGAUUGUAAAAAACCGUUCCACGUAAAGUGUAUUCAAAACGGAGGAGUUGUUAAAAUAUCUUGCGUAUCUGGAAAUACUCCUAAUCGUCGUAAUAAGCGAAAAUCACCAAGAACACCUUACGAACAAAAUAAACAAGGAGUGUCAUCGAAAUUUAGUCUCACUGGUACUUCGGCCUACUCAGAUAGUACUAAUCAAAUUAUAGCUUCCGAAAAAGAGCUUGGUCUCAUGGAAGAAUUUAUAAUGAAAAAAAUCGAAAUCAUGGAGGUUCAAGAUGAUGGCAAAAAACCUCCAAGUGAAGUUGAUCGCGUAUUCAAAAAAGCCCUAAGGAAAUUCAAAGAUGAGUUAGUUAUGACUUACAGUGUAGUGAUUCAACAAGGAAAUGUUGAAGGAAACAUUAAAUAUACGGACUUGAUUGCAAACUUUGUACAAGUAAUCGAAAACGUGUGCAAACAAGAAAAUUUGAAAGAAGAUUUUCCUGUGACUAUGGGCGUAAAUGCAUUUCGUGGUUUCAUGAAUGAAUUUAUGGUGCAAGCAAAAACUGAGUCCUCUGAAAAGAGUAGUAAAAGUAAGCGUAAACGAGAGAAAAAAGAUAAAAGUAAAAAAGACGAUCCAAUUCCUCAUGGCAAACACAUGUUUCAACUUACUAUCAUCAAUAUACCAACAGCUUGCGAGCUUUGUUCCAGUUUUUUCAUGUGGCCAAUCGAGCGAGGACUUGUUUGCCAGAACUGUAGAUUGACAAGCCAUAAGAAAUGUUACAGACGCGCUAGCAAAGAGUGCAGCAAAGAUUGCCCAUCAUCAGUUAAAAUGGAACUCAAUUCGCAUAAGGUGUUUGGUGUACCUCUGUCCAAACUGGACUGCGGUGAUGGUAGAAUACCUUUAGUGGUUGAUCGAUUAAUUACAACAAUCGAAUUACAUGGUUUGUAUACUGAAGGAAUAUAUCGCAAAAGUGGCGUUAGUUCAAAAGUGAAAGAGCUUAAAAAUGCGAUGGAUGAUGAGGGGCACGAGAAUAUUGAUUUUAAAAAUUAUCAAGUUCAUGUGCUCGCUGCUGUGCUGAAAAGUUUCCUCAGGGAUAUGCCCGAACCUUUGUUAACUUUCGAAUACUACGACGACUUUCUUCAUGCAGCUAGCUUAACUGAACCAGCGGACCGCGUUAGUACAUUGUACGGUAUUCUUAAAAAGCUACCUAGGCCUAACUAUGAUCUAAUGGAGCGCCUCAUACUUCACUUGGCUCGUGUUGCCUUUCACGAGUUAGAUAAUCGAAUGUCACCAUCGGCGUUGGCUAUUGUUUUUGCGCCUUGUAUUUUACGUACUCAUCGUACCUUGCCCGCACAAGACUCACUCCAAGACGUUGGUCGUCAGACGAGGUGCGUCGAAACUAUUGUCGAGGAAAAGCUUCGAGCACUUACAACAACACUCGCAGACAUCAACGACCUCGAUAAGGCUUGUACGACUGCAAAUAAAAGGUUGUCGAGUCUCCGGUCAUCUAAGAACAUGAGUCCAGAAGAACUGAGUACGACGUUGUCGAACGUCGUAUCCAGAUCUGCAGCUGGCCCUGACGAAGAAGUGGCUGCUUUGGUAGGGCACAUUAAAACCAUCCAACAGGAGAAAGCUUUGCUGACCUCGACUCUGCCGAGCUUAACAAGGGCCUCGUCCGAUGACGAUUUAAUUUCAGCUAAUGAUUUGGACGAUCCUUCAAUCGACGAUUCUCUUGUGCUGCCAUCCGCAGACGGACUACUAAGGAAAAAGCCGAUCCAGAGACAAGACUCGGCGGAAAGCAAUUUUCCGUCUAUCAUCAACGUCGAUGAGGACAUGGUAAUGGUGUGAUCUACGCAGAGCGUUAGCGAGCUCUUUUAAACUCACCGAACGCCAAAAACCUCGUUGAGAUUCAUUCUAAUUCGGUCAACAUCAAUUAAAUAGGUUCAUAAAAGUAGAUAUCCUGAAAAAGAUUUUUUCCGGGGUACAAUGUUCAUAUAUACAUACAUAUGUUAGCGCUAAAUGCUUAAUGUUAAGUUAACUUUUUAAAAUUUGGUCUACUUGUCGAAUGUGGCGUGACAAAGCUAACUAUUAAUGAAGAAGAAUUUGAGGAUGUAUAACUUCUAUAUUAUAUAUUAAAUAGUAAAUUUAAUAAUAGUAGUAAGAGAAAAUGUCGUGUUGCUAUGAAGGAUAAGCUGAAAUAGUUUUUUUUUCAAAACUUAUCUUCGUAAAAAUGCACUCCUCAUGGAAGACUGCGAUAUUAUUCGUCAUAAACUAAUUUUGAAUAUUGUUACGAGCCUUCUAUACAUAGAUAUGUAAAUGAUGUACUUGUUACAUUCAUUUACACGAUAUUUUCAUGUGUGAUUUUUCAAUUCUCCAAGAUGAGAAACGCUAUCGCUUUGCGAUCAUAACGAAAAUUUUUGAUUUAUUAGCUCUUGUAUGAAAAUGACUUAGCGAACAAAAUAUUUAAAGGUAUUCAUAAAGAAGCGAUCAUGACGUGCGUUUAUUUCGAUAGGGCAAAUGUUUAAUUGAGAAUGAAUGUAAAAACAUUUAAGACUUUCCACAUGUCAUAAGCGAUAUUAUCUUACGUUAAAUUAUUCUUUUUUUUCUAUCAAGCGUGCAGAAAAUAAAAUGUGUAAAUGAAGCUAUAUUAAUAAGUGUACGCAUGGCAAAAGUUUCUGUGUGACUGAUUAAAACUAUAACCCAAAAUAAUUUUAGAGCUUGUAUAUAAUCUAUUGAAAAAAGUAUAUAAAUUGUUGCUGUUUCUUGCAGUUGACGUUACCAAAUUCAUAAUUCUACUAUUGAUUUUUUCUAUAUACUUAUGUAUAUAAGGGUACAGAGUGAUGGUGGAGCGAUAGUAUAUGUGUAUUUUCAUAUGCAUAUACUCCAUACAAUCGAAUUGAUGCAUUAAAUCAAUUUCAUUUUAUAUAGAGCGCUCAAUGUCAAUUGAAUUAAUCUUCCAAUUUGUUCUUCCUUUAUCCUUGUGUAUAAAGAUAUGUCCCAAUUAAUGAUGAAUAUGUGAGCGCAUCUAUGCGUUUUUUUUGUAUAAUUAUGAUCUAUAUUUUAUAUGCUACGAUGUAUUUAGCAUACUUACACAAAAAUAGGCUUAAAAAAGACCAUUGCAAGGCGCAGAACUGAUUGAUUUUAAUUAAUCAUAGAAUCGUAAAUCACAAUUCGUUAUCAAUAUUAUUUGUAUCAAAACACAAACACAUAGGUUUUAGUAUUAUGAAAUAAGAUAGAUAACUCCGA